AUGUCGACAAACGAUGAAACGGGCGGGAUUCCAGACCACCCUUUUCUCGAUAAUCCUUCAUUCUGGUCUCCCUAUGCCGCGUCCGAUAUUUUGAACUUGGCAGCGAAUGAGGGCCCAGAGUAUGAUGGACCUCUGCGUCUCCUUCUCAUAGGUGCUUUUGGCUUGAGGCAUCUGAUUUAUUCUUUUGUCGCCAUGCCGGAGACGGCCAAUCCAUUGCUCUAUGUGACAAUAAAUGAAUUCAGCAAGCCAGAUAUUAUGCGGACGUUCCUUUCAUUGCUCAUACUUUCAGAAGAAGAAGCUGACGAUCUGGAAGCUGCCGAGGCCGUUAUACACGUGUGGUACUCGGUUAAAUGGUCCAAGCAGACCCAAUCCUAUAUCGACAAACGAGUGAGGAGACUGUUAGCAGGGAUUUAUACAAAGGUUCAGUCCUACUAUGGGGAUGACGAAGAUAUGCGAGCAGAGUGUUUUGCGGUCAAGUUUGGCACUCCUGGCUAUCUUACAUUGGACGCCUUUUUCGACUGGCAUACUUGGGAUUACGUCUUGGAGACUUAUUUUGCAGACGAAGAUGUGGAAAUAAUGAACAGAGAAGCUGAUGUAUUAGCUUGCGGCGAAGCUUUUGACAGAAUACGGCGCACAAUGUCACCGUCGAGAGCGGCAGCGCUGAUGAAGUGGCGGCUCGACGGCAUUCUCGUACCUUACGGUCAAUCGUCGUCGUCUUAUACGAAACCCAAUCCAACUUUCUUCCCCCUUGAUAGAAAGGGAGUUUACGGCAUAACCCGCGAACCCCUUUCCGAAUGGCCGAUGAACGAAAUAUUAGACUACAGCCCGUAUAUUGCCAAAAACGAUGUGUACGGGAAAAUGAAAUUUUAUCUGCGUCAAAAAGUGAUUACAUUUCGAGCUCGGUUGAAGAAGAAGGGAAUGCUUAUCAAACUCAUGAAUUGUCCCCUCAAUCAUAUGGCAGGGCACAUCCCAAAGUAUCAUCAUGAGACGCCUAAUUUCGAUCGUAUAGAGGUCGGAACUAUCUUCGAAACUCUUCCCGAGUUGUGUUUCGUGUCGUGCGCUCCUCUGUUACGACAUUCGGACGAGAAUCCCUCUGCAACCAUGUUGACGAUGUGUAGAGAUGUGAUUACAACAGCAGAAGUGCCAGAGACUCGGCAACUUUUAGAACUUGAAAAAUAUUAUCUAUAUUAUCCGACCAUUGAGCUGGUGGAAACCAUGGAACCACGGAGACUCGCCUUCGGUGAACAAUACAGUACUGCUCUAUUGCCGCGGCAUUUGCUCCUCGUACAUCAACGUAACUGGCAAAUAUUAUUUUAUAACUAUUUACACGAUGUGAAACACUUUGGCCUCCGAGUCCCUGGUGACGACAAAUCGCAACAGCCCGUGGCUUCCAUCAUGAUAACAGGAUACCUGGGUUUAUCUGCAAAGCACUUGAAUACAAUUGUUAAUCAGUGGCCAAACGUAUUGUGUUGGUUGGAAUGGAAAAAGACGAGAGAUGUGAGCCCCAAAGAAUGGUUCAAGUACCUUGAGAUGUCUACCCGCGAUGAGGAGAGUGUGAGGAUGUGGAAGAGAACCUAUGGGUGCCUUAGUUGGGAACAGAGGACGAGGAACAAGGUGAAAGAAGAGGCAGAGAUGACGCAGCGGAUAGUACGGACAAAAAUGCCCAAAAAGCAUGACAAUGAGGCUUCCGACGGCAACGAUGCUGAUGGAGAAGAAUCUAGCGAUGUCGCAUGUCAAGCUGAACAAACCCACAGCUCGCACGGCGAUGUUGAGGGCAAUGACGAUGGCGAAUUAGAAACAACUCUUCACGACGGCGAGAUGAAGAACGAGAAGAAUCAGGAUUUGACGGAAUAG